AUGGCCGUCACAGACGACAUGGGCGACAGCACUGAGAAGGCCACCGUAGUCGUGGAGGCGUCCAACCACGACGACGAAGACCUUAACCCUAACCUCGCAGCAAGACGCCGUAUCCGAUACAUGGACGAUGACGAGGAGAACGGUGGUCCAUCUGCUGCCACCGAUAUUGGUCAUCCGUUGAAGAGGCGAGGCUCGACCUACUCUGUACAUUCGCUUUCCAGCGUGCGCAGUGGACAACGUACCAUCGACCCGUCCAUCAUCCUGCCAGUUCAAUAUCGGACACUCAGCUAUGAUAUCACCAAUGUCAAGGCAAUAGAGAGUGCAAAGAAUGCCCGUGAGAAGGCUGCGAUUGAUGUGGGAGGGCUUGAGUGGCAUCUACUCACCCUCCAAGAGAUUUGCAAUCGAUUAAAUACCUCCACCGAUACUGGUCUGUUGUCCUCGGCCGUGAAAGAAAAGCUUUCACAAUAUGGUCGCAAUGUGCCUUCCCCUCCGCCCUCGAGGUUGGCCCAGAAGCUGUUCGGUUACUUCUUUGGAGGGUUCGGCUCUAUUUUGCUAGGUGGCAGCAUCCUCGUCUUCGUCUCUUGGAAACCCCUGGGUCAACCGCCGGCUGUGGCCAAUCUUGCUCUGGGUAUCGUUCUUGCCGCAGUCUUCUUCAUCCAGGCUGCAUUCAAUGCCUGGCAAGACUUUUCGUCGUCCAGGGUCAUGAACAGUAUCACUGGCAUGCUGCCUGAGGCCUGCCAUGUUCUACGCGAUGGAAGCAAGCAGACAAUCCAAGCGCCUGACGUUGUCCCAGGUGACGUCCUCUACUUCAAAGCGGGUGAUAAACUGCCAGCCGACAUUCGGUACAUAGAUGUCUCCACCGACGCCAAGUUCGAUAGGAGCAUCUUGACAGGAGAAUCGUUCCCGUUGGCCGCCGUCACCGAGUCCCACGAGCCCAAUUAUCUCGAGACAAGAUGUAUCGGCAUGCAAGGCACUCACUGUACUUCCGGUAGUGGGGUUGGCAUUGUGGUGUCUACCGGCGACGAUACCGUCUUUGGCCACAUUGCCAAAUUAACCAGCCAGCCCUCAACUGGCAGGACAAAUCUGCAGAAAGAGGUGCUGCGCUUCGUCUUCAUCAUUGUCGGCUUGAUGGUCUUCAUGAACAUCAUCGUCAUUGCGGUUUGGGCAGGGUAUAUCCGACACGCACACCACAGCUACAUCAAUGUCCCGACCCUCAUUGUUGACAUCGUCAGUGUAGCCAUUGCGUUUGUCCCCGAGGGCUUGCCUAUUGCUCUCACAGCGUCGCUCACAAUCACGGCGAACAUCAUGAAGAAGAACAAUAUUCUCUGCAAGUCACUCAAGACGGUCGAGACGCUUGGGUCUGUCUCCGUCCUCUUGUCUGACAAGACCGGAACGUUGACCAAGAAUCAAAUGGUGGUGACCGACUGUCUUGUUGGGUUCACUACCAUGACCGCCGAGGAAGCAUCUCACGACAUGACGGGAGGAGACACCAGCGACAAAUCAAAGAAGGCCGCACUCCAACAAUUGCGCGUGUUGUCGGCGGUCUGUAACGCUGGGGAGUUUGACCCUACCAUGAUUCACUUGCCUCUUGCCCAAAGAAAAAUAAUCGCAGAUGCAACCGAUCAAGCUAUCUUGCGACUCUCGGAGUCUCUUGGUCCUGUCACGCAGUCCCGCGAUAUGUGGCGCAAGAGAUUCGACCUGGCGUUCAACUCGAAGAACAAAUUUGCAUUGAGAGUGGUUUCUCCCGAGAACGCAUCGGCAGUUUCGGCGACUAUGAGUGCCACCGAGGCUGGUUCUUUCAAUGCUGAACGCGACCUGCUGUUGAUGAUCAAAGGUGCCCCGGACAUUCUCCUUCCCCGGUGCACGAGAUACGUCGGAGAAGAUGGCGGCAUCUACAAUCUGGACGACGGCAUUCGAUCAACCAUGGAAGCAACUAAAGAUGCAUGGUCUAGCCAGGGAAAACGGGUGCUUCUCCUUGCCCGCAAACAUCUUCCGGCGGGCAUGCUGCAAUCGUCGCCCAGUGACAAUACAUUCGAGGCUGAAGCCCUACGACACGCCGGGGCCGGACUCACUCUGAUAUCGAUGGUGGGGAUUGUCGAUCCACCGAGAGACGAAGUGCCGAGUGUGAUACAGACCCUUCGCCGUGCAGGGAUCCGCACAAUGAUGGUCACCGGCGACUUCAAGCUAACCGCCCAAGCCAUCGCUCGGUCAUGUGGUAUCAUCACCGUCGCCGACCAUGAAAUCCACUCGGUUGAAAACCUCCCCCGGUUUCCCCCCACGGACGUUGUUGAGAAGAAACGUCAGAAAAAGUCGAAUCGGCUGCCCUCGGAGAACAAGGCAAUUGUAUUGACGGGCCCCGACCUUUUGACGCUUCUACCACACCAAUGGACCGCCCUGACGACUCAGUACAGCGAGAUUGUCUUUUCACGCACCACGCCAGAUCAGAAAUUGCGCAUAGUCAGGGAAUUCCAAUCCCAAGCUUUUGUCGUGGCCAUGACUGGCGAUGGUGUCAACGACGCGCCCAGUCUCAAACAGGCAGAUAUCGGCAUUUCGCCGGCUUCCGGGUCUGACAUUGCGAUCGAAGCCUCCGACAUGGUCCUCUUGGGUUCGUUUUCUGCCAUCCCGGAGGCUGUCUUGUAUGGCCGCGUGGUUUUUGACAACCUCAAGAAGACCAUCGCCUAUCUCCUGCCUGCUGGCUCAUUCUCGGAGUUCUGGCCCGUCAUGACGAGCGUCGUCUUCGGUCUCCCUCAGGUCCUCUCCAGCUUUCUCAUGAUCAUCAUCUGCUGUUUCACCGACUGUGUCGCUGCUACAAUGCUGGCGUAUGAGAAGCCUGAAGCCAAUGUCAUGCUGCGGCCCCCGCGAGAUAUUCACCGAGAUCGUCUCGUGGAUUGGCGGCUGUUGCUUCAAUCGUACGGCUUGGUCGGUAUGUUGGAGUCAACCUGCUCGUUCGCAAUGAGCUUCUGGUACCUGCAGCGCCACGGCCUCCCCUUCGGCACGCUCUGGUUCUCCUUUGGCAACAUCCCCAUCCCGGCGGGCCAGACCGAGGACGACGUGUCGUACCAUCUGACCGUGGCGAGCUCCAUCUACUUCGUCACGCUCGUGGUGAUGCAGUGGUUCAACCUCAUGGCCUUGCGAACCCGCCACCUCUCCAUCUUCUCGCACCCGCCCAUUUUCAACCGCAAGACACAGAACCUGCUCCUUUUCCCGGCUAUUCUCUUUGCGCUCGUCGUCGCAUUGAUAUUCACCCUUAUACCUGAUAUAGACUACCUUGGGUGCGAUAAAGUCCCUGUGGAACACUGGUUCAUUCCCAUGGCGUUUGGUGUUGGACUGUUGACUUUGGACGAGUUGAGAAAGAUGGUCGUGAGAAAGUAUCCGCAUGGCAUUCUGGCGAGGUUGGCAUGGUAA